AUUUACUUAUGUUUUUGGAAACAAGUGCAUACAGUUUCGUUUUAAAAUUCUAAAAACUGUAUUUGUGUGACUUUAACAAUAUGAAUUGCGUAGAGUACAGUUAUAAUAAAUUAUAGUAAAAUUUUCUGCAAUAAUGUUAAUUAGUUAAUUAAAAUUCUUGUAUAAAUGACAAUCAUGGAAUUCUUUAUAAAGCUGGUAGCGUAUCUAGGAAUCUUCGUUAGAUUUUCCGAUACUGCUUGCUCCCACUGGCCUUCGGUUUGGGAUGGACAGUGGUAUGAUAGUUACUUCCACGAGGAGUCUUCAAAUGGAAUAAUAACAUUCUCACAGAGUGAUAAAAAAGUGACAACAGGAUGGACCUUAUCAUUAUUUAGUACAACCAUGACAGAGUUUACAUGUGUUCUCAGCUCUAGUGAAUUGUUGGUUUUUCAAACUGUUGGAACAGCGCCAGGAUUUGGCAGUAAUUACUACGCACUGAUUUGUAUAUCGAUAACUGAGAAAUCUACAUAUAGUUACAUGUAUUAUCGCAAAGGAGGUACAGCGACAUCAGAUGGAGGAAGAUAUACCGUGCUUGGUGAAACAGAAACAUUAUCGAGUUCAACGUCUACGUAUUGUACUGGCACAGCCGAUACAGAGGACUUCGGUGUCCUGGUCAAAGAUGGUAGUUACGGUGACGUGGCUAUAACAUUACCCAAUCCAUUUCUCGGCAUUUACAACUACACGUUUACCAGCGAUGGUUCCACCUACCAAUGUAGUGGUACCUCGUCAAUGGAUGGCUGUACAGAUAAAACACUGGUAAAGCUCAAUACCAGUUUAUGUAACAACGAACUGUUAGAUGCAGAUAAUCGACAAUUUCAUUGUGUAGCUUAUGCUGAAUCAGGAUCAACAUAUUACAUUGCAAUGAUGCAUUCUGAUGCCAGUGCUACUCACCGCUCUACGUGUGUGACUGCAAUUAUAUCUGAUAAAAUAGUAACAGCCAGUACAGAUCCCGGGAGUUGUAAAGUAGGUCAGACAUCAAGUUCACGGACAACACACAGUGAUAGCGUCCUCAUCACUAUGGUGCCUUAUGAAAUAUGCUGUGAGUAUGUAAAUACAGAAGUAGGACAAGGAAAAGUCUUUCGGGUUUAA